UAACGCAUUACAAGUGAUUACAAGUAUACUGAAGCUGCCUCGGUAUGAAAAUCAGAGGUGUGAUGCAAAAGAUAAAAGUGUUCGAAGAUCGACUACUUUAAGGCAUGCGCAAUAUCGCAUUCACUACUGCCCGCGCUUUUAUCUAACAGUAACGUAUAUAUUUUGUCAAAACAGAUGGCAUCAAUAAGUCUGAAAUUUGUUUUUCGGGCGACCAGUAACACACUCUCUUGCGCCUGUGAAACAUACGUCAUUGAAGCCGCAACCACUGCGCAGUGCGCAUGUGUGAAAAACGUAGCCCGCCUAACGGCUGGGAUCCCUGGCGUGUAUCCGUACCCGCCGUAUUUUGUCACGGGCAGUUACAAGUCGCUUUACGCAGUUUUACCGGUAGGAUAAUGAAUUUCAAGCAGCAAUACAAGAAUCCACGUUCGGGGUUUGGCGACACAAAUCAUGGAAGGCUUAUGCGAGCCUGCAAUUAUGAUAAGACACGUAAGGAAGUCAGAUCACGUGCAUUCAAUGAGAAUCGUAAUCUGCAGGAUGUUUCGUCGACUCCGCAGCCUGACGUAUCUACCAUUACUGAUGAGCGUAUGAAAAAAUUGAUAAAAUGGAAAGAGGAACGUGAGAGGAAAAAAAAGCUGGAAGCCUCUAAGAAAAAACCUGCUUUUAAAGUUGGUGCUGUUCAUCACUCUUUAUAUUGCUCGCCAAUUAAUGAAUUAAAAGUAAAAAAAACACCGAAUAAAAACACAGAAAAACAAAAAUCGAAUUCUAUCCAGAAACGAGUUUCACGGGUUACAGAAAAAAGAUUACUUGCUAAAGCAGCAGCUAUUGCUAAGCAACCAAUAAAAAAUCUACCUUCGGUGCCAAAAAAACCAUCUCCCAAAAUGUCAUUUGCUCCCAUUGAUCACUGCUUUAAACCUCCACCUGGUUUGGAAGUAACAUCUUUAUUUGGUCUUACACCAAUGAAACGAAAGUCAGAAGAGAAAUGUAUAUCGUCACAAAAAAAUACACAAACUUUCGACAACACAACAAAAAAUUUUAAAACUUCCACAAAUCCGAGAUUAUCAGCAAAUAAACAAAACUCAACGGAGAAAUUAAAUAAACCAUCUAUUUGUACAUUAAAUAAGUCAAAUAUAAUAACAUCGUCGUUAAAAGAACAGGCUAAAAAUCAGAUAGACAUGCAAGAACAAAAUUCUUCAUUGAGCAGCAAUGACAUCAAAACGCCCCCAUUACAAAAGAUCACUCCAACAUGUUACGAGAAAGAAAAUUGUGCUAUGGAAGAUCUCAUCAUCUUUUCACCAUAUCUUACACGAAGUCGUGGGAAAAGAAACUCUAGAAAAGAGGGACAGCAACGUUUGGGCAUUGGUCGUCGGUCCGAAGAAAUUCCAACUAAAGACACUGUCAUGCAAAAUUUAAACAUAUGCGUGGAAGAGGAGGAACGCACUGCUCAAUAUUUCAAGUUUCUUGUAAACAAGGAAACGGAUAGGCUUAAGGAACUUUGUAAGCAAUGGCUGGACAUUAGAUCUGAGAAGGAUGUCCCAGAAGAUGCUGUAUAUGAAAUACAACAAGCAGUUGGACAAACAAAUUUGCUAAUAAAUAAAAAGUUUGAACGAUUUCGUGGCUUGGUACAAGACUGCGAAACUGGUAAAGGAGAAAUGCUAGUUACAUGCCGAGAUCUACAAGGAUUUUGGGACUUGACAUAUCAGGAGGUCGAGAAUUGUAAUAUGCGAUUUGAGAGAUUGGAGAAACGUCGAAACAGAAAAUGGGAGGAGGAGGAAGAAUAUACUGCUAAACCUGUUAAAAAAUCAAUGCCUGUUAACAAACAAAAACCUAAAAAACAAGUUGUGUCAUCAAAGCCAAGUAAGUUACAAUCGUUUAUCUUAGCUGCCAGAAAGAAAAGCAAAAUAGAAACAAAUACAUUAAAUAAGGAAGAUUUAUUACUGCAAGAUGUAAAUAUAAGUGAAAAACCGAAUAAAAGAAAAUCUCUUACUGUAGAAAACAAGGAAGAUACUAAGCGUAGUGCAAGACCUGGUUCCAUACAAAAAGUGCAACUUUCCGACAAAUUUAAAAGAAUGAGAAGUCCAUUUGCAGCUAUGAAAAUAAGUCAAAAGUGUAAGACACCCGAGAUUCAAUUAGAUGACACAAUAUCGUAUGUUAAUUCCGAUCAAACUCCGGGUAAGAGCAUCUUAAAGAAAUCGGAAGAAUUGGAAAAUAAAGAAGCCCGCAUAAAGUCCGCGCAUAAGGUCAAUUUUGACGAUACAGUAUUUCUGAGUGAGGUUCCUCUUGAUGAAGAAGUGCAGAAUAAAUUAAGUUUAGCUGCUGCAUUAAAUAGGAUAGACAGUUUAGAUUUGGAUGAGAUGAAUCAAUCGCCAUACUUGAAUGUCGGAAAAAAAUUAGACUUUGAAAAUUCUGACAGUAGUGACGAUCUGAGCGAAUUAGAAUUUGAGAAAAUAGAAAAACGAAAUAAAUCUAUUCAGAAUACUUCAGGUGUGCAUUCAUUUCUCGACACAACAUUUUCAGUAUCAGUUAAAAAAUCGCCAAAUAAUGGAGAGAUAUCAACUACGAAAAAUUUAAGAAAUCGACAUAAGGAUACUCCAAAUAAAAAAAGAGAUAUCCUUUUUUCAUCUCCAUCACAAGCUGUCCGAGAUGAUAAAAUGACCUUUACUGACAAAAAAAUAAUUUUAAAUAACACGGAUCUUGAUUUAGGAACAAAAGUACUUAGAAAUAGAACUGUCCUGGCAAAUAAUACUCCAAAAAGUGAUAGAAUUAGCAAAAUGAUGACUCCAAAAAGGGCAAGUAUUAAUAAAGAAAGAAAAAGUUCUCUGAAAUCAAGUAGGAAAAGUUCAUUAAAAUUAUCGCAAAAAGACGAAAAUAAAUAUAUGACACCAAAUAAAAGUAAUAUAAUAGAGGAAGAGAAUGUAACAUUAAUGGACAAUAUUGUCAAGAGGAGAUUACUUCGAAAAAGUGUUGCAUUUGAUGAAACUUGUGUAGCGUGUGCUGAAAAUAAACCAGUAUUACCAAUGACUCCUUAUUCAAAACGUCGUAGCAAAACAGCUUCAAGACAAAGUCAGAGCAAACAUGCAUUAGAGGAUGAAGAUCUUAUAUCAUGGAACACACCAAAUAAAAACCAUAGUUUUCGAAGAGUUACUAGAUCUCAUCCAGAUAACGUUUAGUAUCUUUUUUACGCAUAUAUUUACAUUUGUUAUAUAUUUUAUUAAAAAGACGAAACACUUGAUAUUUAAUGAAAAUUUAUAUAUAUGAUGAUGUUCACGACCAUAUACAUAUAAUAACAAAUCGGUAUUAUAAAGUAUUUCAUUUGAUUUCUUCUUCCUCGUGUAAUAGACUUGAAGCCUGUUUUUUCUCUUUACGUAUGUAUCUAUGAUGCGCAUGUAGAUUGUAUGUCCCGUAGACAUACGGGACUCCUACAUGCCUACAGUUUAACGCCGAUUGCGAACGGCUAAGAUAGAGAGGUUUUUUGGGCAUGAGGAGAAUGAGCGUAUAACAAGCAUAUUGGUUUUUUUGGAGUUUUUUUUUUUUUUUUGGUCAGGUCGAAUCUUUGGCGUAACAAACCAAUGUGCUCUCCACUACACCAUGCUCGUCUCAUUUUAUUUGUUUUGUUGUAUAUAAUUUAAGAGAUAUUAGAGUUGAAGCAGUAAAAACAAUUUUACAACUGUUAUAAAAUUCUUUUAUAUGAUUAGUUUAUACAUUUAAUCCGAAUAGAAACUAAGGAUAAGAAACACACAUACAUACACACACACACACACACGCACAGUGAUCCUCUUCCUUGCCCUGGAACGCCACACGCCACGCACGUCCCACUUAUCAAUA